AAAUUUUUAAUUUUCUCUUUCAAAUCUUAUUGUUUGGUUUUAAUUAUUUUCUUUUUCUUUUCACAAUCAGAUUUGUUUUAAUUUUAUGUCAAGUCAUUUCCUGUCGUUUGGUGGUUCGAUUUCAGUUGACUCGGUUGAUUUAGAUCUUUUAAGAUCAGUCUUCAAUUCGGUUGUUAUAUAAACAAAAGUAUCUAAUUUUUUAUUCACUGUGAUUACCUGAUUGUUCAAGUGAUUAAAAUGGAUUCUGGAUCAGCUCAAAAUCAGCCUAAAGGUGAACAUAAUGUUGUUGGUGCUCAACCAGACAUCAAAGAUGUCGGUGAUGUUGCUAAUUUCGUUCAAACAUUAUUGCAACAAGUACAGGAUAAAUUCCAAGUGAUGUCCGAACAAAUAUUGAACCGAAUUGACGAGAUGGGCCAUCGGAUUGACGAUUUGGAACAAAAUCUAAACGAAGUGAUCCAACAAGCAGGAAUCACCGAUGAAGUAUUGACAGGAUCAACUAACACUCAGCUUACCAAAAGUAACUCAAUGCCAGCCGAUAAAUCAUCUCUAUCUAAAAGUUAAACGGAAUUGAUAUUAAUUCCAAUUAAUCACCACCUACUCCCACUAAACAACAAUAAUAAAUAUAUCAAAUAUUUAUAACACCUUUAAAAAUCACAAUACAACAACAAUUACCACAAUCAAUCAAAUCAAUCACCACCAUCCACAGUUACGCUGUUAUCACUGUCAUCAAACACAAACAAUCAUCAUCAUACAAUUAAUAGUUAACUCUCUUGAAACUGUAAACAUCCACUCAGAAACAUUCAACAAUUAUAAUUGACAAUAAAUUAUAAUCACAAAUUGUUUUCUUUUAAGAAA